AAGAACCAGUUUAUUUUGGAUAUUCGUGCUGGAAAGACCAUUCAUUUCGUAACUAAUAAGCUGAAGCAGUGCAAUGUAAUAUAGUAUUGUCUUGGUAGUAACAACCACCCAAGCGCGCUGACUAAUGGAUAUUCCACAGUACAAUCCGUAUUUAAUUAUUUCAAAAUGGGAAUUGUCCAGUAUUAUCUUGCCAGCUUGAAAUCUUGAGUUCCAGUUUCUUUUUUCAUGUAGAUUUAUGUCCUCGUAAUAUAACGCAAAUGAAUUACAAAUUCGUGAGCCGGUGCAACACCGCAGUUUUUUGAAAAUAUCUAUACACAUAAUUUUCACCUUUAUGGGAGACACCACCAGUUGGCACCAUGGAUCUUUGACCUGUUACUCUGUUAUUCAUGUAUCACUCGUGAUUCUCCCUUUCUCAUAUAUCGUUUGCAUGGUUAUAUGCUCCUGACAACCUCGACAUAUCAGUGUGACCCAGAAAUUAUCCGCUGACCAGAUAGAAUCCGAUACGGCCCAUCAUGGUCAAUUUAGAUAAUAUCCAAUAUCUUGUGGCGACGCAUGUGUCCUUUAUCGUAACAUUCGUCUUAAUUGCCGAGGCACGCUCCGAUAGCGCCAGGUUUAUCGAUCAUCCGCAAUCGGUCAGCGCACGGCUAGGAGAGGAUGUGUCAUUGCGCUGCACAAUUUAUCCACCUGCAAUUGAAGUCUUAUGGUUCCUUAAUGGGUUUCCCUUGCAACCACUGCCCAACUCCACAAUCGAGGAGAAGCAAAAUAAGGCUACCGGUGAACAUGAACUUAUUAUGAAGAAUAUCUCCGUACAACGUGAUGGUCAGUACUACUGCCGACAACGCACCGAAGAAGUCAAGAGUCAGACAGCGCAAGUCACCGUGCUGGUUGCUCCAUCCCAAAUCCGUCUACUUCCCUUCAAUCCCGUGACCAUUGUCCAGGAGAAUGUGGAAACAUCAUUAACCUGUCACGUCGACGGAGGCAAGCCGGCACCAACUGUGCAGUGGUAUAAGGAUGAUGUGUUGAUUGAAACCGGUGUCGAUACACAUAUAGCCAGCACGGAUCUUACCAGCAAAACCGAGAACGUCACGAGCAUGCUCAAGUGGACUCCGAUCAGAGGGGAACAUGAGAAGCGAAUAUUCUGCACAGCAUCCCAUACGGCACUCCAGGGAGGAAUACUUCGAGUGGAAACCCAGCUGAUUGUUGAAUAUCCUCCAGUUGUUACGUUCGCCUCAGUUCCUAAGGUCAUUAAGGAGGGGGAUUCGGUUACACUGCAGUGUAUUGUUGAUGCCAAUCCGUAUAUUGAUUUGAAAUUCCGCUGGAAGAAAAACGAUUUGCCCAUAUAUCCGGAUGUCUCCGGAGGCACUUUAUACAUGGAGCAUGUCCAACGGAGCGAUCGCGGUACCGUCUACACUUGCGAAGCCACCAACAGGAUCGGAACCGGCUCGGCGGGAUACACGUUCACUGUGCAGUAUCCGCCGGGUUUUUACUCCAUGCAGGAAAUUUACUCAUCAGAUCUGAAUGCUGACACAUAUUUAGCCUGCAACGUUGACUCGAGUGAGCCAGCGGAUAUCAUCUGGACACACGAAUCAUCCUCCCAGGUCAUCGGUCACGAAAAAAUUUUACAAGUGCACGCUACGAGUGACAGCGAUUUCGGAGUGUACAGCUGCACCGCCACCGCUCCCGGCUACCCAGCCAUCCGGAAAGAUAUCAAACUCCUAAAGAAGGGUCCCCCAUUCAUCAGUGCGGAAGCGUCGGUUUAUGCUGGCCAGGAGGACAGCCAAACACAAAUAAAAUGCGUGAUUAACGGUCUGCCCUUAACUAUGCAGAUACGCUGGAUCAAUCCCCAAGGACGCACGCUUCUCACCGAUCAGCAUGUGGAGAUUGCACAAGAAACUUUAUCUGAUCGUGUUGUAUCGCGACUGACAAUUAAAAAUGUCAAAAAAGACGAUUUCGGCAUGUACAAUUGUUCGGCAGCCAAUGCCUAUGGCAGCAGUGACCGGUUGAUUCCUCUGAAAGAAACAGACUGGAUGCUGCCCAUUAUUAUCGGAUGCGCCUGUGGCGGAACGCUUUUGCUGCUCGUGAUCGUUGCAGCCAUUCUGUGUGUAAGAUGUCGUUCGCAUCGUCGGCUCAAACGCACAAGCGACACAUCCGGAAGUACAACAACAAGCGACGAUCUCGAGACGAAGGGUCCCAACGGCGGUGCAAACACGAACAGCGCAAUACUGGACAUGUACAAUACCAGCAGUAGUGAAACACUGCAUGACGGCAAAUUACAUGCCAACGGCGGCUGGCAUUCAUCCUUAACCCAUACCAGCCCACAGGACAUCCUGCACGCCCACCCAUACACCAUCCAUGCUGAUUAUAUGCAGCAUAAAGAUGCGCAGAAUUUCUACACGCGCUACGCUGAUUAUGAACAAGAAUACAAUCCCAAUACAUUCUUGAACCUGCCGGCCAUAUAUACACCCACAUUGUCCAUUGAACAGCAGGAGCAGGAAGGAUCGCGAGAUCCAUCGCCUUACCAGACUUCCGGUCUACCCAUUCGGCUUCCAGAACCACUUUAUACCCAGCGCUUUCCAAAUGGAAUCAACGGAUCAGUAAUGAUGCUCGACGCCACUCUCAAUUCACGACUGGCCACUAAUGUAUAGACUGGACUAUUCAGAAAAGCCGGAUAUGGGCAAAAAUAUUUGGAGAAUCAUUUCAAAGAUUAUUCAGAAUUUUUACGCUACUCUUUUCUGUGUACCAUGCCUGUAUGCACUCGAGUCUCCCGGCAUUGCCGGUUACGCCCUUAUCUCGUUUUGUAUCUCUUGCCAAGUAUAUGUUUUUUAGUUUCUUCCGACAGGCAGCAACAAUUUGUACGUUGUUUGUAUUUGCCUUAAUUACUCCAAAGAAUCUCACUAGUACUCUUGUGUAAAUAGCUGGUGAAACUUUUUCUGUUUUUGUCCUGGGAAACUUCUCUGGUUGCUCAAUAAUUUAACAGUUUAAUGCAGCUGAUGCGAUCGUGACCCUUGCUGUAAGCUGUGUUCUGCAACUUCUAACGCAUAACAUUUUCACUGUUGUUAUUGUGUGAAUAGCUCAUAAAAGUUUUAUUAUA